GUGGAUACGGCUUUAUACCGGCGGCAGAGGCAGGGGGAGAUGCGGAUUUUGCUGAGUUUCUGGCACCGAGCGUGCGCCCCCCGCCUCACUCCGCUGUGUGAGAGACCCGGCGGUAAGGGCGGGCGGCGGCACCGCCACCUCCCCUCCAUCCUCCUCCUCCUCCUCCUCUCCUCCUCCCCUCGGCAAGGAGGCCGUCCCGGCGGGCCGCUCCCCGCCUCAUGCGAGAGUCCCUCCCCGCUCGCCCCCCCCCCGGCGCCUCACAGGGCACAAAAGGGGCGGCUGCAUGGUGGCGGCCCAGCGCCCGGCCGCGCCCGCCCCGCUCCGCUCCGCGCCCCGCUCCGCGCCCCGCCGCCAUGUCGGGCAGCGGCGGCCCCGCCAGCACGGUGAAGAAGAGGAGCCCGGCGGGCUCGGCCUCCUCGCUGGCUCAGGAGGAGGAGAAGCAGGCGAUGGAGAAGAUGCUGGAGGCGGCGGGCGGAGGGGCGCAGGAGAACGGCUGCGCCCGCUCGCCCUCGCCGCCCGCCGCCGAGGGUGAGGGAGAAGGGGUGGCCCUGCAGCGCUCCAUCACGCUGCUCAACGGCGUGGCCAUCAUCGUGGGCACCAUCAUCGGCUCCGGCAUCUUCGUCACCCCCACCGGCGUGCUGCGGCAGGCCGGCUCGCCGGGGCUGUCGCUGGUGGUGUGGGCCGUCUGCGGGGCGUUCUCCAUCGUGGGGGCCCUCUGCUACGCCGAGCUGGGCACCACCAUCACCAAGUCCGGCGGGGACUAUGCCUACAUGCUGGAGGUGUACGGCUCGCUGCCCGCCUUCCUCAAGCUCUGGAUAGAGCUGCUCAUCAUCCGGCCCUCCUCGCAGUACAUCGUGGCCCUGGUCUUCGCCACCUACCUGCUCAAGCCCAUCUUCCCCACCUGCCCGGUGCCCGACGAUGCUGCCAAGCUGGUGGCCUGUCUGUGUGUCCUGCUCCUCACAGCAGUGAACUGUUACAGUGUGAAAGCUGCUACUCGUGUUCAGGAUGCCUUUGCUGCAGCAAAACUGCUGGCACUGGCUUUGAUCAUCAUUCUUGGCUUCGUUCAGAUUGCAAGGGGUGAUGUGACAAGCCUGACCCCUGAGCACUCCUUUGAAGGCACGAAAGUGGACGUGGGGAACAUCGUGUUAGCUUUGUACAGCGGUCUUUUUGCCUAUGGAGGGUGGAAUUACUUGAAUUUUGUUACAGAGGAGAUGAUAAAUCCCUACAGAAACCUGCCUCUGGCUAUCAUCAUCUCACUACCUGUAGUCACUUUGGUUUAUGUGCUGACAAACUUGGCUUACUUCACAACCCUGUCGACGGACCAGAUGCUGACGUCCGAAGCCGUGGCCGUGGACUUCGGGAAUUACCACCUUGGCGUCAUGUCCUGGAUCAUACCCGUCUUUGUUGGCUUAUCGUGCUUUGGAUCCGUUAAUGGAUCUCUCUUCACUUCUUCCCGGCUGUUCUUCGUUGGAUCCCGAGAAGGACACUUGCCUUCCAUUCUGUCUAUGAUUCACCCUCGGCUUCUCACUCCUGUGCCAUCCCUCGUCUUUACGUGCAUCAUGACCCUGCUCUAUGCCUUCUCCAAUGACAUCUUCUCAGUCAUCAACUUCUUCAGCUUCUUCAACUGGCUGUGUGUGGCUCUGGCCAUCAUUGGCAUGAUGUGGCUGCGUUACAAGAAGCCAGAGCUUGAAAGGCCCAUCAAGGUGAACGUCUGCCUGCCCAUUUUCUUCAUCCUGGCCUGCUUGUUUCUCAUUGCUGUUUCCUUCUGGAUGACACCGGUAGAAUGUGCGAUUGGCUUUGCAAUCAUCUUCAGUGGGAUUCCUGUUUACUUCUUCGGGGUCUGGUGGCAAAACAAGCCCAAGUGGGUUCUCCAAGGCAUCUUCAAUGCAACAGCCGUGUGCCAGAAACUGAUGGAAGUGGUUCCUCAAGAAUCAUAAGCAGGAAAAGCAGAGACAUUCAGCUCCAGGAAACGCACAAUAUUAUUUUAAGACGACACAAGGAGAAAACACUUCUGAUCCCUCAUAAAGAAAACCCAGGCAUUGGAGCACCCCGGCAGAGCUGCUUCAUGUCUGACACCAUGCCACCUGCCCUGCCUUGCCUCCUCCAGCCUUCCUGUUGCCACCUUUUAACCCGGCAGACGAGCAUCCGUGAGAAGUUCUUGGUACGAACGUGGACCAGGAAGAGGAAUUCCUGCUGGUUACUUCCAAGGGGUCCUGCGUGUCCGGCAGCAGCGAGUCGUCGGCCUGUGUGUGUGUGUGUGUGAUAUUGAGGACUGUACUUCAGUUCUGUGUAGGGUAACUCGUUAGGGUUUUUAAAACUAAAGUUAGCAGUGAGCUGUGCAUCCCCCAGGCUGCGGCGGAUCUGCUCUCGAGCCCAGUUUGAGCAUCACCAGCUGUGCAAAGGUGCCUGUGUCAGGGCUGGGGCUGUGCGCUGAAACACAGCUGCAGGGUGGUCCUGAGCCUGACCCACCCGCCUUACCUGGUCACGGGGGGUGGCUGAGAAGCUAAGGUUGUUUAAGGACUUUGGCUGGUGUUGGUGCUCGCUCACACACACACACACACACACACACACACACACGCACACACACACCCCUGAAUACCUGCUGCUGGAUGCUCUGGGCUCUGCCCAGGAAGCGCCACGGGCAGUGAUUUAGGCGAGACAAGGCAGAGCAGAAUUAGUGUCAGAGAAAUGGUGUGAGGAAGCCUUGUCUGACUUUCCUUGUGUUCCUGAAAUGAGCACUUGGGGUUCCUUGCCAUGGCUUUUAACUCUCAGAUCCAAGCGAUCUCCCUGCUAUUGAGCCAGUUCUCUGGGAUGCUCUCCACCAGAACAACAACCCCGGGGCCCUGUGAAUUAGCACUGGGUCAGGUGCAGGCCCAAGGGCGGAGUUCUUCCCAGUAAACCCAGGGAAUCGCACGAGUUAGCGGAAGGUCAAGACAGCUUGCUCACUCCUUGUUUUCCGUAGAUAGGCUGUCAUCCAGCGUGGGAUGAGCACCAUUCUGCUCUGCAAGUGGCCCUGUUCAUUGCCCUCAGCGUGAUUGACGCUUGCCCCUAAAACCAAUGUCAAAGAUAAAAUUCUGGUGGGAUUCUCCUGGCUCGUUUGCUGGGAACUGCCUGCGUUGCCUGUCCCCGUGCCCUCCGUUACGCCGUGUUACCAGUGCCUGCAGGGGAGAUGGGACCAACCGGCUCUGGGGGGCGGAAAGGGGCGGAUAUUCCCAAAAGGCUGGAGCCUGUCUUUACUCUUGGUCUGCUGUAGGUUGUUUUGCUCUAAGAAGCAGGGACUGGAGGCAUCCUGAACAGUUUGCCCGUAAUGCCUCUGCAGUCGAGGUGAUAGUCAAUUGGAAAUCCAAUGCAUCUUGUCCCUACAAGUGAGCUGCACUAGUCUCUGUUACAAAUCUUCUCUGUGCUUGUGCUUUAGAAAAUAGGUUGUUGAUUUUUUUUUUUCUAUAUAUUAUUUUUGUAAACUAAGCUGUUUGGAAGCUGGGAUCCUCCAAGAGCUAACGCUUCCUACUGGAUUCUCCUCUUAGCAUAGAGUCAUUUUGGAAAAGAGGCAUUAAGGACACCAAUGGUACUAGCUCAUGCUUUGUCCUUUUAAGAAGCUCUUUGGCAAAAAAAAAAGAAAGGCAUUUAUGUUAUAGCAGGUGGCAGCUUCUGUUCCAGUGUGUGUGACAAUGACCACAGUUAUGCCAACAAGUAUCCGCGUGCAGCUCUUUGCUAUUGCUUCACCAAGCACACACCUUUGCUUCGAGGCAGGAAUAGGUGAGACAAUCAUCAUGCUGAAAACCUUUGCUUAUUCCGUGGCACUACAGUGUAGAGAUACCCAAGCCAGCUCGACUGCACUACAAAUGUAUUAAUUUAGAGCUCUGCUCGAGAUGAGUUAAGCUAUGGAGAAUUGCAGCUGGUUUGGGUAUGUCUGCAGUGCAGAACUACCCAAAGUUAUGGCCAGUGCGUGGCUGUUCAGGGACCUACGUGCAAUGAAUUGGAGCAUCUCAGAGCCUGUGGAGAGACAUUUGCAUAAAUAAGGUCAUGAACCAUAAAGCCUGAGCUCAAUUUUCCCUCCUUACAAGGAAUCCUCUUCCAGCUGAAGGCUGAGAUGUUUUUGCGGGGUAGUGAUUGGAAAUCACUCCUUAUGCUGGACCUGUUUCAUGGAUAAAGAACCAGUCUCUCACCUUCCACAUUUUGGGGCUAUAAUGGUCUCAGGACUGGUUUCCUGCAGAGCCUGGAUUGAAUUUAGAGGCUCUCCGUGCUAAUAUAUACCAGCAGAGUUAACUUGUGAUGCAAAGGAAAUGCACCUCAAUCCAAUGUAGAUUAACACUCGAGUCCAAUCCACAGAGAGCUCAGAAAUGGGUCCAAGUCUCCCAAACGUGGAGAUUGCUUGGUUUGGGCAUAUCUCUUAAUGAGUUUCAUCAGUGAUGAAGACCGUGAAUAAAAAAACAUCCUCUUGGUGACCCUUUCACACUGGUUUUAAAGAGGAGAUGUCACACUGAGAUUUAUUUUUUUAUUAACUGAUCUUAAUUAAAUCCUUAACUGGCUUGCUUGCUUUUUAAGAACUUUGAUUGUUUUCCACUUGCUGCUAAAGAUCUUCCUGUCGUACUACUAACCUGCUGGCUCUGGCAUUGAUGUCAUAGGUUUCGUGGUGACCUCGCCAGCGUGUCCAGGGCAAGAGAUGUAUAGGGAGAAACUGAACCAGGCAGCAGCACGGAAUCAUGCAGAUGUUGAAUUUGGUCGGCCACAGCUCAGAUCUCAGCCUGGUUCAGGACAAAGUUCACCUUUCAAAGCCUGAUUUCUUUUAUCCCUGAUUUUUUGAGGCCGAUAGUUCCCCUCCACUAGAGCCCGGUGGCAUGGCUGUAAGAGAGAGGGGUUCUUUAUGCUAGAGCUUAGGGAGAUAACGAAUAAAGGUUAAAACUGAAUUUCAUUUCAAAAAGAAAACCCAACUAGAGCAAUUUCUCCAAAGGGUGGAACUGCUGCUACCAUCUGCUGUCCGGGGCAAAAGCUUUAACUCGAACCAGCGAACGGCAGUGUCUGCUGGUCGUGUUCAGUGGGUUUUGGUAUGGAAACAGAGCAUCCAUCCCAAUGGGAGACCUCCUCGCUGCUUCUUUUCCUCCAAAUGGGAAUGGGAUGCCUCGCUGGGGGCGAGGGGAGCAGUAGAGACUUCUCACGGAAAGUUUCUCAUCAUUCCCAGAACUGGAUGUGGAAUUUUUCUGGUGUUUUACUGUUUGCUUGUACUCUCUUGAGCCUGUGAUCAGUCACCCUGUUGUAAUCUGUGCACAACCCACCAAGGGAGAUGAACCCUCCCCACAGAGGACACCUACAACCACAGUGACCGUGCGUUUGCCUUCCCCAACAGUAGCUAGAGUUAAAUGAGGUACCUCGUGACUAUAUUUCAUGUUACAGUGUUCUUGCAAAUGCGGCCCCCAGCUCGCCGUAGCUGUCGUGGCAGUGGGGCCGUGGCUUCGUUUUUCUGCCAGUGAUUGCCGUGCCCGCAGUUGGUCGUUGUGCUAAUCCCCUUUCCAUUAUUGCUCUUCUUCGAUGCAGCUUGUUUUUGAGUAUUUCGAGUCCUGGGCAGUCAGUUGUUAGGGGUAUUUGUGGAAUAGCAUCCCACAGGGGUUGGUAACAGUGGGGUGGGAGCCGACGGCUUGGCGCGGGUUCCUCUUCCCAACUGUGAAACCUCCUCCCAGGCUGCGAGGGGACCUGCCCUGCCCAGCCCUGCAAAGCGCUCCCGGACGAAAACAGGGGGAAGCUUUUUUUGUUGUUUUUUUUUUUUUUUUAUAUUUCCUGCAGUAUUUGCGGUGUUUGCCAUCCCAGCUACUGUGUUCUGGUAAACACGCUAUUGUUUUUAACGGCACCCUCUGUGGACAGCGAAGUUCAAAGGGACUCUGUCGCUUGAACAAACUUUAAAGACCCUUCAACUGGAUGGGAGCCCCUGCGAGGCCGCUUUGUUGUUCUCCACGUGCUCUCCCUGUGGGCGGCUCGGGUAGGGGAAUAAAUUGGGCUCCUCUGUGGGUCCAUCCCACGUGCUGGGCUGUGCCACGGGGCCCGGAGGGACAGCAGUGUCUGGGCAGAGCUCUUCCCCACCACGCAGUGCUGGGACGAGAUGUCUGCAGGUUUUCUCUUGGUCUGCGAUGGUGCCUGUGCCUUUAACCGAGGCUACAGCGUUCUCGGGCUUUAAUAAAAAUAAAGACAAAAACAGCCAAAUGCUCUCCUUACACAAGGCUCUGGCUGUUCUUGUGGGACACCAGCUUUUCCGUCAGCGGGUUGCAUAACUCCGUUCCCAGUGACAUCAAAAGGGAAGGCGCAGGACCGCCGGGCCCUGGCGAGGUUUGCCAUUUAGAAGCGGCUGAAGCCACGCUUCGCGCUGCGGCUUGAGAAAGGGCAGCCCAGGGGUGAAGCUCCAGUUCCCUCUGGGGCUCGUGCUGGGUUUUGCUGGCGGUGUGGUGACCUCGGCGGAGCCCUAAAUGGGAACCUCGUGUCAGCCCACGGAGCCUCACGAGCAUCUCUGGCCACGGGAAGGCCGGCACGGCUGGAGCUGGUGGCAUCUGGCUGCCGACCAGGGAGCUGUGGGAGCACAGCAGCGAUGGAAAUCAGCUCCUGCAGCUCCUCUGGCGCCCUUACCCACGUCAGGGCGUCCCACAGGACCCCAGCAUCAAGAGAUGCUCAAGGGGCUCUCCUCUUCUGCUCGCUUCACGAGAUGAGGAGUUGCACCCUGCGCUGGUUUUGCCCACGCUCGCCAAGUUUCGCGGUUUACACGGUCCGAACUGGAACCAGCAGCUGGGGGGGGAAGCCGAGUGCCCUGCGUGGAGCUGGGUGGGAGGAGAGUGAGCGGGGCUGUGCGGAACCAGGAGCUCCCAGCGCUGUGCGGGUGCCCUCCGCCGCGGGACGUGGCGGUAGGAAACGUCGCUCAGGUUAGGUCACCCCUAAGGAACCGAUGUCCAGAGGAUUUUCUUUGCUUUUAACCCCCCCGCCCCGUUCCUUGUUCCUUGCGAGAGAAGGGGUGUUGCUUCCUCCAGCUGUUACGUGUUGAUGAGAAAAAAAAAAAAAAAAAGUAUUUUUUUAAACACUGAAUUAAUUUUUAAGUGGCCUAAAAGAGACUUUCUACCUGCACCUAAAUUAUUCCCAUUGGGUGACAUUCGUCUCGGCGCAGGGGCUCGGGGAGCUCUCGGAUGCGACCCGACCGUGUCUCCUGCCUGGGACGAAUUUCACACGCAGAGAAAAAUCCUGGCUCGUUCAAAGGGCACAGCGGGCUCCGUGUCCUACCUAAAGCCCUGCACAGGGCCAAUUUUAGGUGGUACCUGGACCUUGCACCGGCCCUCGGAAUAAAAGCCGGGGUGAAAUUCACUUCUAGUGAGUAAUCUGACUUUUCAGUGAUACCUUUCUUCUAAAGUUCAUAUUUCUGUUGUGUGUUCUUUUUUUU